UACCAAUCAACUAUUAUCGAUCGAGCUCUUUAUUACAUAUAUGAUCGAUAAAUGAUGAACUUAUUCACUCCUCGGAUCUCCAAUAUUAAUUUUGAUCGAUCGAUCUCUUCGAUCAUUUCAAUUAAGUAUACGUAGAUUAACUACAGUUUCUUCCUAUGGAGAGGGAAUGUGAAACAAUAUCUGCUGCUCCACCUGAGAUCCUAGUAUUCCCAUUUCCUGGUCAGGGCCAUAUGUGCCCAAUGGUUCAGUUCUCCAAGCGACUUGCCUCUAAAGGUCUUAGAGUCACAGUCGUUUCAACCAUCUCUGCUGCCAAGUCUAUUCAGCAAAGUCCGGCCCAUGCCCAAGCUUUCCAAGUAGAAUUCAUUUCGGACGGUUCCAAAGAAGAAAACAAGUCUGAAACUUUGGACGAAGCUAUUGAGCGUUUCAAAAAGGCAACUACACAAACUCUAACCGAACUUAUCAUCAACAUCCAGAACAAGAACACCACUACUACUAUCUGUACUAGCAAUGGUGAUCAUGCCUCCUCGGUGGAACAGGUUCCACCCAAGCUCAAGCUCAAGCUCCUGAUUUACGACUCAGGGAUGCCGUGGGUUUUGGAUAUAGCGCGACAACAAGGCAUAGAAGGAGCUCCUUUUUUUACACAGUCAUGCGCGAUUGCAUCCGUCUACUAUCACUUCCGUGAAGGGGCAUGUAAGAUAAUUACUACUGCUCCCACCUCUGGUUUAGAUGACGACUCAGAAGCUGCUAAUCAUGGAAGAUCAUCACCGUCUACCGACACAAUAUUAUUGCCGGCUAUGCCACCACUUGGAGUCAAUGACUUACCAUCUUUUCUAUGUGAUACUCAUUCCUAUCCAGUUUUAUGUAAACAUACCCUGAAUCAAUUCUCCAAUUUCCGGGAAGCAAAAUGGCAAUUGUACAACACUUUUGAUACGUUAGAACAUGAGGUAGUCAAAUGGAUGACAAGUCAGUCUUGGGCAGUGAAGACAGUAGGACCAACAAUUCCGUCAAUGUUUCUGGACAAGCGAUUUGAAGAUGACAAAGACUACAGUUUCAACCUCUUCGAGCCUGUGGAGACUUACUUGAAGUGGCUUGACUCCAAGGAAACUGGCUCAGUGGUUUAUGCAUCAUUUGGAAGCUACGGUAGCCUAGAAAAAAAGCAAAUGGAGGAAAUAGCUUGGGGUCUGAAGAACAGCAACUACCACUUCUUGUGGGUAGUCAGAGAAUUAGAGAAGGAGAAGCUUCCGAAGAAUUUCAUAAAGGAGGUAUUAGAUUCAGCUGAUCAGAAAGGUCUUGUCGUGAGCUGGUGCUCGCAGCUGCGAGUCUUGGCUCACAAGGCCUUAGGAUGCUUUGUUACUCACUGCGGAUGGAAUUCGACCCUUGAAGCUUUGAGCUUAGGGGCCCCGAUGGUGGCAAUGCCGCAAUGGACUGAUCAAACAACAAACGCCAAGUUUGUUCAGGAUGUGUGGAAAGCAGGAGUUAGAGUGAGAGUGGAUGAGAAAUUAGGUGUUACAACAAAAGAAGAGAUAGCUAACUGUAUUAGGCAAGUCAUGGAAGAGGAAAAAGGGGUGGAGAUCAGAAAGGCUUUAUCAAAUUGGAAGCAAUUGGCUAAAGAGGCAGUCAACCAAGGGGGAAGCUCCGAUCAAAAUAUUGAGGAGUUUGUGGCACAACUUCUGUUAAUUUGAAUUAAUGUUCAUCUUCCUACUAUGUAGUACUUGUAUUACUUUCCUUCUUUAUUUUGGGCUUAAUCCUAAAAGGUGGGUGUAUUAGUUGAAUUACAUAAUAGAUGACAUUUUCACUUAAAA